GCAAGUUCAUGUAGGGAAUCGACGUCGCCUUCUUCAUGAUCACCAUGACCAGCAAGUCAACUGCUCAGUCCAACUUCGGAGAAAGAACCAACGUUUCGAUUCAAGUUUUUCAACGAAGUAGAUCAGAAUUCAUGGCCAUUAAACCAAUCCGACUUGGUAGAUAUGAUUAACCCUAAUCAUAAUCAUAAAAUCAUCAGCAUAACCAACUUCCCCGGAUCGCAUGCCCUCCGAAAACUUCUCCUAUUUAAACCAGAAGAAGAAGAAGAAGAAGAAGAAGAAGGAGGAGGAGGAAGAAGACUCAUCUCUCUCUCUAUCUCUCUGUGAUGCUGUGCAGUGCAGAGUGGCAAUGUCUUCCGAUAGAAAAGGACUCCUGAAGACCAUUUUCACGCCAAAUGUGGGCUGUGGGUGUGGGAAGACGAAGCCCUCCGAUGCCAUCGAACCCACCCCAAUCCAACCCAGAAGAGAUUCUUCAUCGUUCUCACUCCAUGACCAGCUCGAGCUCGUCAAGAUCAAAUCUUGCCCUUGCCCCUCGUCUUCCUCCGCUUCCCACACCACUGCCGCCGCCACAGCCACAUUCUCGCUCCCCGACACCGACGCGUCCCCGACCCGCCGCCCCUACCCGGCGGCGCGGAGGUCUGGCAUCGGGAACAGCAUCGCCGUCGCGAAGGACUCCGACGACCCGUACCGGGAUUUCAGGGACUCGAUGCUCCAGAUGGUGCUGGAGCAAGGGAUUUACUCGAGGGACGGCCUGCAGGAGCUCCUCCACUGCUUCUUGAAGCUCAACUCGCCUCGCUACCACGCCGUCAUCAUCCGGGCCUUCACCGUGAUCUGGAACGGCGUCGCUCCCGGCGGCAGCAGCGGCGGCGGCGGCGGCGGCGAUCUAGAUGUGUCGCCGUCGCCGUCGCCGUCGUCUUUGUCGUCGUCGGGGUGUCACUUGUCAGAGCAAUAAUCAUGAUAAGGACGGAGUUAAAGGAGGGUCACGUGAAUGAGAGGCUGUGGCCACGUGAGUUCAUUUCUUUCGCACUCGUGAAACUUGCCUGGUUCUUUCUUCUUUUCUUUUAUCAUUUUAUUUUUUUAUUUAUCACUUGUUUAUAUAUAUGAUAAUUUAUCAUAUGACAUUACCCGAUCAUUCCUUGUUUUGUGCCCACCAUUAUCUCCUGUUAAAAAAAAUUCUUCUCAUGUUCAAUAUUGUCAAA